CUGACUUUUUGUUUGUGUCUUCCAUAAUUUUGCCUCCAGAUAUCAAAAUGGAUGGACCAGCUGGGCAAGGUGGUGUUGGUUCAAGUAUAGACUCGUUACUGCAACAUUAUAAAUUGGGAAAAACACUUGGUAUUGGAACCUUUGCCACGGUGAAAAUUGCUGAACAUGUACUCACUCGUCAUAAGGUUGCCAUCAAAAUCCUUAACCGUUGCAAGAUGAAGAACAAGGAUAUGGAAGAAAUAGUCAAAAGAGAAAUAAAAAUUUUAAGACUAUGCAUGCAUCCUCACAUCGUACGGCUGUAUGAGGUGAUAGAGACGGAAACUGACAUAUAUAUUGUCAUGGAGUAUAUGAAAUCUGGGGAGCUAUAUUAUUAUAUUUCAGAAAAGGGCAGGUUAAAAGAAGACGAAGCUCGUAAUUUCUUUCAGCAGAUAAUAUCUGGUGUCGAAUACUGUCACAGAAAUAUGGUUGUUCAUAGGGAUCUGAAGCUAGAGAAUUUGCUCUUAGACUCUAAAUGCAAUGUCGUCAAGAUAGCUGAUUUUGGUUUAAGCAGCAUAAUGCGUGACGGACACUUUCUUAAGACAAGUUGUGGCAGCCCGGCCUAUGCAGCUCCCGAGGUUAUGUCUGGGAGAUUGUAUGCUGGACCUGAAGUAGAUGUCUGGAGCUGUGGUGUUAUUUUAUAUGCUCUUCUUUGUCGAACUCUUCCUUUUAUUGAUGUAAACAUUUCAGAUCUCGUAGAGAAAAUGAAGGGAGGAAGAUACACUCUUCCUAGUCAUCUGUCACCGGGUGCUAGAGAUUUGAUACAAAGGAUGCUGCUAGCUGACCCUAUGAAGAGGAUCACCAUACCUGAGAUUCGUCAACAUCCAUGGUUCAAACUCAGACUUCCGCGUUAUUUAGCUGUGCCACCGCCCAAUACAAUGCAACAGGCUAACAAGAUUGAUGAGGAUAUCCUUCUGGAAGUGAUAAAAAUGGGAUUUGACAGCGAUCAAUUGAUUGAAUCUCUUCGGCACAGGAUACAGAAUGAGGUUUGCAACUUUCAUUUUUUUCCUCGUUUAUCUGCUGAAUUUUCUCUAAUUACUGCCCAUAUGUUCCAGGGUACCGUGGCAUACUAUAUAAUAUUAGACAACCGGUUCCGUGUUUCCAGUGGCUGUCUUGGAGCUGAGUAUCAAGAGUCCAUGGACUCUAGUCUUAGCCAAAUGCGUGAAGUUUCUUCUUCUGUUGCUGGACAUAGCAUUCCGGGCUAUAUGGAUCCAAGAGCUGGAUUGAGACCACAGCUCCCUGUUGAAAGAAAAUGGAAUCUUGGGCUUCAGUCUCGAGCUCAUCCUCAUCUAAUAAUGACCGUGGUCCUUAAUGCUCUCCGAGAAUUAAAUGUUUGUUGGAAGAAGAUUGGGCACUACAACAUCAAGUGCAGGUGGGUUGCUGGCAUUCUCAGUCAUAAUGAAGGAACGAUGAACAAUGCUGCGCAUAAUAAUCAUUACUUUAGUGAUGAUUCCAGCAUUAUUGAGAAUGUAGCUGUCUCGAAUUCAAAUGAAGUCAAAUUUGAACUGCAGCUUUAUGAAACUCGGGAACAGAAGUAUCUUCUUGAUCUUCAAAGGGUGCAUGGUCCGGAGUUUCUUUUCUUGGAUCUUUGUGCCGCUUUCCUUUCACAGCUUCGUGUCUUCUAGAGGAAAGAGCUUAGGCGCGCAAAAUACUCGACUUGUCUUACUUUGCAUGUAAAUAUGCUUACAUUGUACAUAUAACCGUCUUCAGUCUCGACCUAUUAUUGGUUUUUCUACCCCGGUAUUUCAAUAGGUAUAUUAUUAGCCAAUCCUGAAUAUGGAUAGGAUUUACUUUAUAACAAUUAUAUUUGACUAGGUGCUAUUGCAGAUUAACCUUUAUUUAACUUGAUCAUUUUGAUGAAAAUUUCUGGGGAAGUUAUGGAUGAAUUAGCUUUGGUUGCUAUUACAUAUUAUUAGCCUUUGUUUUAGUGAUAAUGUAAUUUCAGAUUACUCAUGUAUGAACUAUGAAUGCUGCAUAACUAUGGUCAUCUUCUACUGAGCAAAAUUUAUAUUUG